GUUUUCUGCUUAAGCUCACAUCAGGUUGUGCUCUGUUUUCAGGUGUUUAUACGAGUGCUGACAUCACAAACUAGCUGGAACAGUGGACAGCCAUGUCACAUUAUCACUGCCAGUAGCUAUGACCAUGCCCCUACCCAACAAAACCACUGGAGUUACCUUUUUGCAUCAGAUUCAAUCCUCAGAACUGGAGACCUUAACCAGACCACCUCUGAAGAUAUCGCUUGAAAGACCACUUGGUGAAAUGUACGUGGAAAAUAACAGGACGGGCAUAUUCAACUACCCCGAGGGCACGACUUAUGACUUUGCUGCUGCUGCUGCACCGGUGUAUAGCUCUGCUAGUCUCAGCUAUGCAGCCAGCUCAGAGACAUUCGGAUCUAGCAGUUUGACUGGGCUACAUACUUUGAACAAUGUGCCUCCAAGUCCUGUAGUGUUUCUUCAAACUCCACAACUAUCCCCGUUUAUCCACCACCAUGGCCAGCAAGUUCCAUACUAUUUGGAGAGUGAGCAGGGCACUUUCGCAGUAAGGGAAGCGGCACCUCCAACUUUUUACAGGUCAAGUUCAGACAACAGAAGGCAGAGUGGAAGGGAACGCAUGUCAUCAGCUAAUGAUAAGGGCCCUCCAUCCAUGGAAUCUACAAAGGAAACCCGAUAUUGUGCUGUUUGCAGUGACUAUGCAUCUGGGUACCAUUAUGGUGUCUGGUCUUGUGAAGGUUGCAAAGCUUUUUUUAAAAGAAGCAUACAAGGACAUAAUGACUAUAUGUGUCCCGCGACCAAUCAGUGCACUAUAGACAAGAACAGAAGAAAGAGCUGCCAAGCCUGCCGACUGCGAAAAUGCUAUGAAGUAGGGAUGAUGAAAGGGGGCAUUCGAAAGGAUCGCAGGGGAGGACGUAUGUUGAAACAUAAACGGCAGAAAGAAGAACAAGAGCAGAAGAAUGAUGUGGAUCCAUCAGAGAUUAGGACAGCAUCUAUAUGGGUGAAUCCUUCUGUGAAAAGCAUGAAGCUAAGCCCAGUGUUAUCACUUACAGCUGAGCAGCUUAUCAGUGCCUUAAUGGAGGCUGAGCCACCUAUAGUAUAUUCUGAGCAUGACUCAACCAAACCACUCAGUGAAGCUUCCAUGAUGACUCUGCUUACAAACCUUGCUGAUAAGGAGCUAGUACACAUGAUUAACUGGGCAAAGAGAGUGCCAGGGUUUGUGGAUUUAACACUCCAUGACCAGGUACACCUUCUGGAAUGUGCUUGGCUGGAGAUCCUAAUGGUUGGUUUAAUCUGGAGAUCUGUGGAACAUCCAGGCAAACUUUCAUUUGCACCAAAUCUGUUACUGGACAGAAAUCAGGGACGCUGUGUGGAAGGCUUAGUGGAGAUUUUCGACAUGCUGGUCACUACAGCUACACGAUUUCGCAUGAUGAGGUUACGUGGGGAAGAAUUUAUAUGUCUUAAAUCUAUUAUUCUUCUAAAUUCUGGUGUUUAUACAUUCCUGUCUAGCACAUUAGAAUCUCUUGAAGAUACAGACCUUAUUCAUAUUAUUUUGGAUAAAAUAAUAGACACAUUAGUCCACUUCAUGGCUAAAAGUGGGCUUUCUCUACAGCAGCAGCAAAGGCGACUGGCUCAGCUUCUUCUCAUUCUUUCACACAUAAGACAUAUGAGCAAUAAGGGCAUGGAACACUUGUACAGCAUGAAGUGCAAGAAUGUUGUCCCCUUAUAUGAUUUACUGCUGGAAAUGCUGGAUGCUCAUCGCAUACACACACCAAAGGACAAAACUACAACUCAGGAGGAAGAUAGCCGGAGUCCACCUACCACUACUGUAAAUGGUGCAUCCCCUUGCUUACAGCCCUAUUACACAAACACGGAGGAAGUGAGCUUACAAAGCACAGUAUGAGAGAGAUUUUAUGCCUUUUAAAAGCUUUUUUGCUUUCUUUUUUUUUUUUUUCAUUUAGCCUUACAUGGUUAUGAAAUUCCCAGCAGAAUACUACCUAACAAUAGUAUCUUUAUCACAUUAGCUGAAUGAUGCUGCAAAUAUAAACACACUCCGACAUGUAUCUACUAUCAAUGAUUUCUAGCGCAAGUUUUCAUAGUCAGCUUGGCUCUGCAUCGGAAUUGAAGAGGACCUACUGCUUUUUAUAGGACUCUCCAUAUAAAAUUCCAAACCUUCGCUUUAUGUGAACUUUUUGGAUGCUAUUUCCUGUAACACUGUGAUGUAGUGAAAAAAGCAAGCCACACUAUUUUCAUUGCUUCUGUUUACAGGUCGAGUCAAGAUAGCAUGAGCAGCAGCUUCAAUAUAUUCACUAUAUCUGAGCAAAUUUGUAAUUUUCAAUCAUUUUAACACACAUAGCACACAGGAACAUAGUAUUCACUGUUCUGCAAUCUCAAUGGAACGAUACUAAAUUGUACCACUUGUAUAAUUUCCAUUAGACUUAUUUUCUGGCAUCCAUCCAUAUUCAGCUUCUAGAUAAAUGGUUUUUAAACACUUUAAGCAAUGUAUGCCUCUUUCUGUUACCAUUUAAGGUAUGAAUGUAUGUGCACUAGUCUUUCACUUGUUAGGUUCUUAACCACAGAAAGUAGAACGUAUUAAUUGCACUAAUAUUCAGGGCAAAGUCCUGUUAAAAAUAUAACAAGUACAACAGCACAUUAUGCAUAUAUAUAUAUAUAUAUAUAUA